UCUCUCUCUCUCUCUCUCUCUCUCUCAUAUGUCUGUCUUGUGCUUUGUGUCACAGUUUGGGCUCCUUUCUAUGCCUUCCUGAGUUUGUGUCUAAAGACGCUAUCUCUAUCCCGAGUUCUAUCUCUCUCUUCUCUUCUCUUCUCUGGUACUGAACAGGAAGACUCAUUUUCUUGAUCUACCACAGCUUGUUAGUUAUCCUUGUUUCUAUGAAUCUUCCUCCUCCAUCACCAUCACAACAUUGUAAAAUGAGACGUGAAGAAAUAAAGGCGUAUCUCAUGGCGAGGCCAACAGAAUGGUAUUUAGAAGAAAGGAAACGUAAAAGUGUUGAAGGGCAUAAAGGGAGAACUGAUAGGUACUAUUGGAAUUAUUUGGAGAGAACAUUUUUUCGAUCUUUGAAGGAAGUUGAAAGGUACAUCGAAACAGGUGUGGUGCCAAGACCAUUGCCAAAGAUUAAGAAGCCAAGAGUUGAAGGCAACAAUCUGAUGCAAGGCUUUUCCGCAGAUAACAGUAAGGGGAAAUCUGGCCAAUCUCUCACCACUUCCUCCUCCAUAUCCAGCAAACAGCUGCUCCUUAUGGCACCGGUUGCAGUCAAGCUUAGCAGCUCCUAUGAUGUUGAUGUUUGUGAUGAGCCUGAUGCCAGAGCUGUGACGGCAGCAGAGGCAACCCCUAGCGAGGCUGGUGGUGGCAAUGACAUCCCUUUAAUCUAGAGGAAGACGAAGACGAAGACGAAGAGGGGGCAUUAGGCUCCCCGAGAAUUAAUCGAGAUGCGUGUAAGCUAGCCCGGACAGCUUGGUUAACAAAAAAAAAAGAAAAAAGAACGGGCAUUAUGUUAUAUUUUUCUAUUUUAUUCCCAGCCCAUUUGUUCCAGCUCUUUUCAGAUAUUAGUUAUCUUUUUAUUUUUUUGAUGAUAAUUUUCAGAACUCCAAACCUUAGAACCGUUUAUGUUUGAAAUUUGAAUCUUGAUGAAUGACCAAGGAUUUUUUGAAUUUGGUGA